CCUCCCCUCCCCUCCCCUCCCCGGCGUUGCACUGACAGCAGCUGUCGCCGGUGCAGCCCAGGCCCGGCCAGCAUCAUCCGAGCAGUGCGGACGGACCGCCACCCCGCCUGGUCUGCGGACUCUCCAUCAUCAAAGCAAUGAGCUGGAUACCAUCAUCCUAGUAAACCCAGAUGAGGCGAGCGCUGUGGCAGAGGUCCGUUCCUUGAUAUGUGACCCUUCUGUUCACAAACUGCUCCUUCUGUGUGGGCAGAGCUCUGACCAGGAAGGAGACUUGAUCCUGCAGUCUGGGACCUUCACCUACCAGAAGUUUGCCGAGAUAUUUGCACACCCGGAGGUCGCUCAGCUUCUCAGCAAUACAGACCCAGCUUCCAAGACUUCCCUCACAGUGUCGUGUGUAGGAGAAGGAGAGUGGAGUAAUCUUGGACACCCUCGCUUCCAAGAUCUUCUCAAUCUGAGAUUGAACCCUGACCCUGUCCUGCCAGAGAUGGACGGGGUCUCUGAAUUUGCAGAGUAUGUCUCUGAGACCGUGGAUGUUCCCUCACCCUUUGACCUUCUGGAGCCCCCAACCUCAGGGGGCUUCCUCAAGCUCUCCAAGCCUUGUUGCUACAUAUUCCCAGGAGGGAGGGGAGAUUCCGCUCUCUUUGCUGUCAACGGCUUCAACAUCCUGGUAGAUGGUGGCUCAGAGAGGAAGUCCUGCUUCUGGAAACUGGUCCGACAUCUGGACCGGAUUGACUCCAUCCUCCUGACCCACAUUGGAGCAGACAACCUUCCAGGGAUCAACGGGCUUCUGCAACGGAAGGUGGCAGAGCAGGACGAAGAGCAGUCCCAGGGCUCCACCAAUUACAGUGACUGGAUGAAGAACCUCAUUUCCCCUGAACUGGGUGUGGUGUUCUUCAAUGUUCCCGAGAAGCUCCGCAUGCCGGAGUCCUCCAUGAAGGUCAAGAGGAGCAUUGAGGAGGCUAGCCUGGCACUGCAGUACCUCAACAAGCUGGGCAUCAAGCCAGAGCCCCUCUAUCGAGUGGUCAGCAACACCACUGACCCAAUCACCCUCUUCCACAAAAUGGGGGUUGGGAAGUUGGACAUGUAUAUUUUGAACCCAGUCAAGGAAAGCAAGGAAAUGCAGUUUCUCAUGCAGAAAUGGGCCGGGAACAGCAAAGCAAAGACGGGCAUUAUCUUGGCCAAUGGAAAAGAAGGAGAGAUUUCUGUCCCCUACCUAACAUCCAUCACAGCCUUGGUGGUCUGGCUCCCUGCAAGUCCCACAGAAAAGAUAGUAAGGGUUUUGUUUCCAGGAAAUGCACCACAGAACAAAAUCCUAGAAGGUCUUGAGAAGCUCAAGCACUUGGAUUUCUUGAAGUACCCUGUAGCCACCCAGAGAGACAUGGUUUCUGGCCUGCCCUCACCUGCCCUGAAGCAAACCAAGAUCAAGCAAAGAACAGACAGUAAGGAGAGCCUCAAGUCUUCCCCAAAGCCGUUGGCCGUCAAGGUGGCGGCCUCCGAGGAAACCAAAGCAGAGGCAGCCAAAGAGUCAAAAGGCGAGAAGAGGGUGAAGGAGCAUUCCGAAAAGCCCCCCGAGAAGCCUGUGAAAGCUGAAAAGAUAAAAACGGACUCUAGCGAUGCCCUGAGAGCGGAGAAAAGGAAACUCGCUAAAGACAAGGCUGGCAAGAAACACCUCAAGGAGAAAGUGUCUAAGCUGGAGGAGAAGAGGGACAAGGAGAAGAAAGAGCUCAAAAAGGAGAGGAAGGAGAUUAAAAAAGACAUCGAGGGGAAGAAAGAAGAGAGGAAGGAUUCCAAAAAGGAAGAAAAAAAGAAGGAAGCCAAGCCAGAGCUGAAAAAAAUACCCAAAACAGACUUGAAACCUUUCACUCCUGAAGUGAGGAAGACCUUGUACAAGGCCAAGGUUCCGGGCAGGAUCAAAACGGAGAAAGUCCGCAGCAAGGCUGACAAGGAGAACAGCCUCGCAGAUCAGAAGGUGUCGCCCAUGCCGAAGAAGGCUGGCCAGGCCCAGGGGUCCCAGGAGGCCGCCGGGGAGCAGAGAGUUGUCCUCUCCUCCCCUGAGGACCUCACCAAGGAUUUUGAGGAGCUCAAGCGGGCAGGAGCCAGGCCUCUGGAAGUGCCUGCUUUGGAGAAGGCUGGAGAAGAAAAGGGCCCGAGGCACCCGGCUGCCCAGGAGACCGGGCCCAUGAUGACAUCCUCUGGGGGAACGGCCAGCCCAGCAGCUGCCCUGGAGGAGGAACCCACUCCCUCCAGAACUGGAGCAGCAGGAACAGGAGAGGCACCGGGUGGCUCCGAUGAGGGAGCAGUCAGGGUGGGACCUCCUGAGGGGGAAGAAUUUGGGGAACACACCGGAAGAAAGAGGGGAGAGUUUCCUGGACCGGAAAUGGGAGAAAAGGAAGGCGGGCGGCGGCUGCCAGCCAGGGUCUCCCUCGAUCUGGGGAGGGACCAAGAGAUGAAGUGGACCGACCCCCACCAGGACAGGCAGGCUGAAAAGAGAGAAGGUGUGCUGGAGAAGGCAGAGCAGGAAGGGGCAGAAGAGCCCUCUGGGAAGGCAAAGGGCCGGGAGGGCGAGAGGGGAGCCUCGGCUCUCCCCGCCGAAGAGAACAGGAAGGAGCUGAAGGAAGAAAGGGCCGCCCGAAGCAAAGCACCUGGGAAAGGGGGGCCCCCCUUGAAGGAGGAAGAGGAAUCCUGCCUGGGAGGCAGCGCCCCCGCCCCCCCAGGAGAACACGUCUCCUACAUCCAAGACGAAACCAUACCCGGCUACUCAGAGACAGAGCAGACGCUCUCAGAUGAGGAGAUCCAUGACGAGCAGGAGGAGCGGCUGCCCCCGCUUAAGCCAGACGCUGCGCCAGGUGACCUCGCCCUGCCUGACCCAGCCAGGUCCAUGGCCACCCUCCACGGGAUCCAGGCCGCGAUGGUGGCUGAGGCCGGUCAAGGCGAUGCGGCCCAUGAGCCAGAGACCCUGGCCUACCCCACCCACCUGGUGGCGGCCCCGCUGGCAGAGGAGGAGCACGUCUCCUCGGCCACCUCCAUCACCGAGUGCGACAAGCUGUCCUCCUUCGCCACCUCUGUGGCGGAAGACCAGUCGGUGGCCUCCAUGACGGCUCCACAGACAGAGGAGACCGGGAAAAGCUCCUUGGUGCUGGACACCGUGAACAGUAUCCCCUCCUCGCGAACUGAGGCCACCCAAGGCUUGGACUACGUGCCGUCCGCUGGGACAAUUUCUCCCACAUCCUCCCUGGAGGAAGACAAAGGCUUUAAGUCUCCACCUCCAGAAGACUUCCAGGCCCAAAUAGAAGCUGAGAGGAAACUGGAGGCCUGCAGGAAAGGCAUGCAGCAGCAGCAGGAGGAGGAGGAAGACGAGGAGGAGGAGGAGGAGGAGGAGGAAGAGACCCCAAACCUUGAGAGACCUUGGAGAGGCCAAGGCCAUUAUGAGGCCCCGGUGUUUUCUCAGCAGGGCCCCCCUCUUGGGGACAGCUCCCCCGGAGACGUGAGGGUGGCCAUGGGAGCCGCCCAAGAAGCCCUGCUGCUGCUGGAGGAGGGAGCAGCCCAGCGGUCGCAGGGGGAACCCAUCUCCGGUGGUGAGGCGGAGGAGCGGUGCCUGAGUCCUGAUGACAGCACGGUCAAGAUGGCCUCCCCGACUCCCUCGGGUCCCACCAGUGCUGGGCACACCCCUUUCCACCAGUCCCCUGUAGAGGAGACGUCAGACCCUGUGGAGGCAGACCUGUUUGAAAAGGCCGCCGAGGCUCCAGCAGGAGGGAAUGGAAAAGAAAGCCCCAGCAGAGCAGAGAGGGCAGUGGCGGUGGCGGCGGAGGAGGAGGAGGAAGAAGCAUUCAUUCCCAGGGAGGAGAAAGAGCCUUCUGUUCUCCUUCCGGAUCAGCCCAGCCCAGGUAGCACGGCUGAGUCUGUGCCUCCCCAGGAGGAAAGCUGGAGCCAGCCUCUGAUAGAAGAAGAGCGAGGAAGAAGCGUCUACCACACCCAAGAAACACUGGACAUCUCUGACCUGUCCCCUCCCUCCCCCACCGAGACCCCGCAAGAGCCCCGUGGGGGCUUCCUGUCUGAGAUCUCCCACGAGUGUGCCAAGAAGGGUGCCGGGUACGAACUGUUUUCUGUUUCCGAAAUCCCUCCUCCGAAAGGGUGGGAGGCAUUCCCAGACAGCCCCGAAGAGGAGAAACCAUCGCAAAUACCCACAGAAAGCAUUUCAUCAAGGGAUGAAAAAGUAUCUCCUUUUACAGAGGAAAUUUCUGGGACGGCAAAAUCGUCAUAUGAUCACGCGAAAGAACGGUUCUCAGAAGAUGCCCAGACUCUGCCUUUCGUGGAACAUGACCGAGGCCACGAGAGGACACCUUCGGUCGCCGACAAAGAUCUCUCUCCAGAAGACAGCAAGACACCUCCGAGCUUCAGGAAAGAACCCUCUUCACCCUUGUGCACAGAAGAGAUCUCACAGAGAGAUGCCAGAGGUGAAUUUACAACAGAGAGUCCUGCUGUGAAACUUUCACCAGAUGUGUCCACAGACGUCUCUCCUGAUGUGAUGCCAGGCAGAGAGAACAAACCGGCCACUUUUCUGGCAGAGGAUUUGCCUGCUUCCCCUUUGGCCCCCGAACAGGGUCCCUUUCAAGACUGCCACACACCUUGGGUGGCGUCAGCGUCAGAGGCCGACACCUUGCCAGAAAAUGGCAGGUCUGUUUCCUUAAUGGGAAAAGGCCCUGUCAAGGAAUUAUCUCCGGGACCGUCUUGCAAAGAAAGCUGCACCAGCAAGGAGCCCGCCAGCUCCCCUGAACUGAGCCCAGUUUUGGAUGGGGAGUCCUUCCAUGCCUCCUCUGCUGGAGAGACAGAGCUGAGUGCAUUUCUGGAAGAGGAACGAAAGAAAGAAGAAAAAGAGGAGGAGGAGGAGGAGGAGGAAGAAUCCCCUGAAAUGGAAGACAUUUAUCUCAAAGCCACGGACGAUGAUAAGAAAGUUUGGUUUUCGGAGGAGAUGAAGAAAAUACCACAAGAGGAACAGCGACAGAAGUAUGACAAGGAAAGGGGAGAAUGUACGUUUUUGGAUGACGAGAUGGAGGAAUAUGAAAAGAAGUCACUGCUUUCCGUGGCUCAAGAAGAGGACGUUUCCCACUCUGUGGCAUCUCGAGAUCACAGUUCAGGACUGUCAGAGAAGGAGAUUUGGGAGACUGAGUCUAGGCUCCAGCCGGUGGCGGCGGCGGCUGCUCCUCAGAAGCAGGAGGCACCUCCUGAGCAUAGCUCUCCCCUUCUGGUGGGGGACAGAGCACAGCAGGUGCCCUCUGUCCAAACCCGGACAUUUUCCCAAACAGAUGCAGAGCAAACGGUGUGGGAGGCAAAGGAAUUCCAAGCCUCCGGGGCUUUAAGGCCCCUCUCUCCAGAGCCUGAAUGGGAGCUGCGGCCUGGCCUGGGGCAGGCUGCUUUAUCUGCCCCCCACCAAGGGAGAGAAGAGCCUUUGCCGCUCCCUGCAGACAUCAAGGAGCUGCUCUCUGGCUCUCGCAGCGAGGAGGCGGCAGCCACUUCUUCUUCCAUGGCCCCCUCUUUGGAGAAGGAAAGAGAAGCAUCCUUCCAAGACCAGGGAGAGGCUCCAGGCUCAGCCCCAGGUGCACCCAAACUCCUACCAGGAGCCACACGGAGGAGCUCAGACGCUGAUGGUGCUCGUGAAGGAAAGCUGGACCUCAAAGAGACACUUGGCAGGGAGCAGGAGGGUGAAGGGACCCUUCACAGCCUGUCUCUCAGUUGCUGCUCAGAGAGGAGUCAGAAGAAGGAAGGGGUGAGUCCAUCUGCCGAGUCCGAUGGCAGAAGCCCCGCUCACCCGGGGCAAGAACUCAGAGGAAGCGGAGACCGUGGGAGCCCUCCGCUGGAUGCCAGCUCUUUCAGCCGCACAGAGAACAUCUUGUGGCCCAGCUCCAUGUUCUCCUCUGGUUAUCCUGAGUUCUGUGAACCAACCAAAGAUGAGGAGGAGAGAGGGCAAGAGAGAGAAGAGAGAGAGCCAACCCCCUACCCUCAUGACAAGUCCUUCCAGUAUGCAGAUGUCUAUGGAGAUGUUCUAACGUCUGGAAGGAGUGCAUCGCUCAAGACAGGGAGGGCGCCGAGGCUCCAGGUGGAGUCUCUGUACCCGAUCUCCUCAAAGGAAGAGGAAUCGUGCCUCUACACGCCAACCGAGAAGGAGCAUUCCUCUCCAUCUUCUCCCAAAGACCAGGCGGAGGCCUCUUUUCAGUACACGGACAUUCAUAAACAAUGCCCUCUCCAGCCAGAAAAGCACAGCGGGCGACAGGAUGAGACGCCCAAGGGUGCAGAGCGUGAGGGGAUGGUCUUGAGCCCUUCACCUCUCUUGCAAGACGAGCUGGGGAGCCCUUUGCCAGCCUCCUCUCAGGGAGACAAGGGCCUCGGCUAUCUCACAGGCCUCACCGAUCCAUCCCGCCAGGUGGAAGCAGUUGGCUAUAUUGAGCACACCCCCCCUUCUGAAGCCAACGUCAGCUUUGAGCGGAGGUUUCCUUCUCCAAAGCACUCCUGGGCCAAGGAGAUUUAUUAUGAGAAAGGGGAAGGGGUGGAAGAGGGUGCCAGUGACUCAGAGCUGGAGAAAGGAGCCAAGGAGACGUCGGAGAAAGAAGUCAAGCCUUCAGAGCUUUCGGCAGCCAGGAAGUUGGACAACAAGAAAGAAACUGACCGCUAUACAGACCUUUCACCACCGGAGACGGACCACGAGCGAGCGAGCCAACGGUCCCAAGGCUACAGUGCUUGGCAAGGAGAGGUCUGCCCGGCAGAGAAAACAGCCCUGAAGGCAGCAGACGUCACAGCCUAUGGCAGCCUGGCUGAGUCAGGCCAACUGGGCUGGGCCCUGGGCCUGGCCCCCCACAUCUCUGGGGGUGCCGAGGGGCCCUGUUCCAAAGAGGAAAGUUCCCUUGGAAAAGAUGCAGGAGGCACGGGCUCCCGAGGGCUUGGCUCCCCAGCAGCUGUUAAAGAGAAGGACUACCUGAAGGGCUCCCCGCUUCUAGCCAAAGGGUUGGAUUGUUCCUCUUCAGGCUUUGAACUGUCUUCACUGGAAAAGCACGAACCCUCCAUUCUGUUCCGGCACGAAGCCCGUUUCUCUUCCCAGCUGCAGCAGCAGCAGCAGGAGAAAUCUCUUCCUCCAGCCCUGGCAGAGACAGUUUCACUGCAAAGGGAUGAAGGCCAGGGCUACCUAGAGGUGUCCACUGGGGCCUCGAGCCAGGCCUCCUCUCUUGCAGGGUUCUCCCUCCCAGAUCCAUAUGAAGAAGGGGACGCACCCUCUGGGGCGCCCUGGGAACACUCUCGCCCCUCUGAGGAGGCUUUGGCAAAGACCUCCAUCUUGGGUGAGAGCAUCUGCCCGAGCCUUUUCUCCACCUCCUUGAGAGGAGCAGCUCCUGCAGGGCCUGAGACCCAGAGCAGUUCCUCCGCCAAGAGGCUUUCGGAAGAAUCCAGGGAGUCCACAGCCAGCAGUGUCGGGGACAGCAGCCUGCGGCUCCUGCCUUCCCCACCCGCAGCUCGGCACCCGGCACCCAGCUGCACCGUUAGCUGCAAGCCCCAGCCAUUGAGUCCUGAAGAGUGGCUGGGAAGCCCUCCUCCGCCUGACGUCCUGGCUGCUUCUCCCCAUCGCCCCCAGGAAGCACCUGCUACCGCUAAUGGGCCCACAGAGGUGAGCACCAGCCCGGGGGCUUUUCACAGUGUGCCACAAAUCACAGAGAAAGCUACUAGGAGACAGGAGGAGGAAGAGGAGGAGGAAGAGGAGGAGGAGGAGGAGGAAGAACAGGAAGAAAAAGAAGAGGAGGAGGAGGAGGACGCCCAUGGCAGACAAGGUCGCCCCUCUUCCCUCCUGACGGCUGAGCCCACCUUCCAGCCCUUCUUCCCCAAUGCUGGUCAAGGCAGCCGAGCCGAGGAUCAUGGCGAUGCUUCCCAUGAGCUGGAAUCUAGUGGGGGAGCUCCCUCCGACUAUGGGCAGAAGUUCUUGUGUGACCGUCAGCAGCGAAAGGGCGAAUUGUCUCCCUCCUUCAUCAACCCAAGUCCUCACGAUUCCUCCGAAGACAGUGAGCUCUCACAGGCCGAAGGGCGCUCUUCCGUGAAAGGAAGGCCACCUCCCCUUCUGGGCAGCCACAGGCCAGCGACAGCAGGGGGAGAAGAGUCUCCUCCCACCUCGGCCAGUGACUCCGGAACCUCCCAGUCAGACUCCGACGUUCCCCCAGAAACCGAGGAAUGCCCUUCCAUCACUGCAGAUGCAGCCAUGGACUCGGAUGAAGAUGCGGAUUUCCUUCCCGUGGACAAAGCGGUGGGUGGCUCCCACCACAGUGGCAGCAACAGCGGUGGCAGCACAAGGUCCAGCCAUGACCCACAGCCCCUCUCCCAGGUAGACCCUCAUCCCCACCCUCCCCACCCAGACGUCUGCAUGAUGGACCCUGAGGUGAUGCUCAACGAACAGGACUUGAACAGGCUGGAUAAGGUGCCCAGGAAGGAGCCAAGGGAGAAGAGCAAAGGGGCCAGGAAGCCACUGGGCAAGCCCAAGACCUCUUCCCCUGCCCAGAAGCUGGACAAAAGUUUGCCCGGCCCAAUGAAGCAGCCGUCGGAGAAGUCUCCAAAACCAGCCCCAGCCAAGAGAGAGAAACUCCUCAAGCCCCAUGUGGAGGAGAAAGAGGAAGGCUUCCGGAGCGUCCAUGCUUACCCUGGCAAGCUCCUGGUCAAUGGCACAAAAGCCAGUCUGGGUCCCGCCAACCUCAACCCCAAAAGUUCCUCCACGGUGCCUCCCGGACCCCCUGUCUACGUGGACCUGGCUUACAUCCCCAACCACUGCAGCGGCAAGAACACGGACCAAGAGUUCUUCAAGAGGGUCCGAGCUGCCUACUAUGUCGUGAGCGGGAACGAUCCUGGCAGCGGGGAGCCCAGCCGGGCUGUCCUGGAUGCCCUGUUGGAAGGGAAAGCCCAGUGGGGAGAGAACCUCCAGGUGACUUUGAUCCCCACCCAUGACACCGAGGUGACUCGGGAAUGGUACCAACAGACACAUGAGAAGCAGCAGGAGCUGAGCAUCAUGGUCUUGGCCAGCAGCAGCACCGUGGUGAUGCAGGAUGAGUCCUUCCCGGCCUGCAAGAUUGAAUUUUGAGCCCCAGCUUCUCACCAGCGCGCUUCUCCAUCCACUUCCUCCGACUGUCAUGCCACCCUUGAGGUGCCUCCCGCUCACUGCUCCCUUCUUCUGUUCUGCUGAAGGCGAUCCAGACUUUCCGAUGCCACUCCAUCUGCCUACAGUUCUUGCUUUCUGGGAUGCCCAGGGCCCGACCAGGAUGUCUGCACGGGUGCAGAGUGUGUGUGGGGGGGAACCUCCUGGGGCUGGUAUGCUUCCCAAGGCUUCUUCUGCUGCCGCCUCUGUUCUUGCUGUUGGGUCAUUUGGCUGCCUUGAUGUUGCUUGCGUGGCUCCCUCCCUCUCCUCCCUGCCACCCGGAUGGCUGCUGUGCCGGAUCAAGGCCACAGAACUUCGUCUGACCUCAGGUGGAAACAAGGCUCAAGACAAAAUUAGAAAGCGGGCCGAGAAGGCGAGGCGAGAGCAGCCCCACGGCCAUUUCUCACCGCAUGUAGUACGUAGGGGUUGGGCCAGGAGGGCCGUGCUGGCUACUUGCACAGCAGCAGCAUGGCUACCAGGCAGCUUGGUCCAGGCCCUGUGCAGGAACAGCCCCCGGGGUGGAAGAGGGAAGGGGCAGCCUGUGAGCCAAAGAGCGAAUGACUGGACAUCCCUGGAAGGGCGCAACGCUGAGCCCUGGGACGGACAGGCUGUCACCCUCCCCAAGAACCGUUUCCUAGGAGCCCGUUGAAGGCCAGCCCAGGUGGUGGGCAGGGGAACCUCCUUCCCAUUGGGGAUGGGGGGGGCUCCCAUGCCUGCCAGGGAAUCUGCUCCUUGGGCAUCUGGGGGUCCCAAGAAUUGCAAGCAGGGAACGGCCCCCCCAGGCCCCCCCGCCUGCCGCGCUCGGUGUGCUUACUUCUAAGCCCGGGGCUGGGGAGUGUUUUGCUGCUUGGCCAGCAGCCCACUCUCCCGUGUGGUCAGAUUUAAGCAGGCUUUGAAAAAGUUCACCCCAUCCCAUGGGGUCACGCGGCCGCUCUCUGCCCCCCUAGCUGGCCAUGAUUCGCAACUGCCUAAUACAUGCAGGGCUGGGGGGGGGCAAGAGGGGUGGGAGAAAUGCUACGGAACCUCCACGAUUCUUCUCAGUGUUGUCUCUAAUUUAUAACCUUAUUUAUUUUAGGUCUAUUUUUAUUUGGUGUAACUGAUAUUUCUGUGUUUAUUGUUAUUGUUGGUAUUUAGUGUGCAUGUUUUUAAAACAUGUGGUCUGUGUGUGCCCUAAGAGCAGCUGGCAGAUGCCCUCUUGGGGGGGUCUCCAUCCUGCAAAGGGUCAAAGCAAAGAAUCCCCUUCCUGAUCUCCACCCAGCAUUUGGGCGUGGUUGGGGGGGGGUGGAACAGGGGCUCAAUUUUCUGCCUCUCCAUCACACAGAAAGAGGCCAGAAACCCCCCACCCCCACCCCCACCCCGUUCCCUCUUGGUGGAUCAGCUGCCCUGUCUCCAGACCUGCACAAGGGGCAGAGAGUGCCCCAGUCUGGGCAAGCCGGCAAACCAGUGCACUAAACCCACCUAUGAAUGUGUCUGUCUUAAAACUUGAAGCUCGGAGCAGACUAGAUGGAGCCCCAUUGCUCGCUCCUGGCCGACUCUGGCGGAGAGUCUGCUCCCUUCCAUGCAACCCCCUUUCUGAACCACGGGGUUUCCCCGGCUGCACACUAGCCAGAGUUUUCCCCAAGUCAGCCUGAUGGUCACGCCAAUCUUUUUUGUAGUUUCAAGGCUGGCUUUAGCAUCCCUUUUACAUUUUCUGGCAAACCCUGUCAUGAUGACCCUUUCGAAUGUCAGCCCAUGCGGGGCAGGGCAGGGCAGGGCAGGGGGGAUACCGCUGGUGCCCGACUGUUUGCUGGGAUGAACAGACAGACAUUUAAACACUACUUUCGCUUAUUCCUGCAUGAGACCACGGACGUGUGAUUAGGCCUGUAUAUAGGAGCCCUUUGGAGCAACAGCAAAUAUGCCCCCCACCCCCCUUGUCCCAAAACAGCUUUCUCCUCUGCUGAAUCUUGUAUAAACAGAGCCCCGUUCUCUCCCCUUUUCCCCAUCAUGUAUAAUUCAGCCCUGGAUGCCCCCGUCCUGCCCUCCUUUCUGUGUGCAACGCUCUGUAAUUCUAAUGACUGUAAAGAGAGGGACCUGCACUAACCGCCAAUAAAGCCGUCGCUGCCACCCUGA